UUUUUUUCUAGUUGUGGCAUUUGCUUGCAUUGAAGAUACUUUUAAUUGUUAUAUUCUCGUGGUUAUUGUUUUUGUAGCAAAAAUGAUAAGAUCAAGUUUGUUGUCCACAAUGCAGUCGACAGACGUAAUACGAAUAAUGGAGAAAAAACGCAAUUACGCAAUUCAUACUGUCAAUCUACAGCAUGACAACGUUAAAGUAUCCCCUCCGUUUAUUGAGUUUGUGGAUACUUCAGAAGGAAACGUAUAUGAAAAGACAGUUACAAUUGUUAAUUGUGGAUAUGUCAAUGCGUUUAUUAGAAUAGGCAGUCCAAAAUCAUUUGCAUUUCACAUCGAUCCCAUAAAACGUACAGUAAUGCUCUCUCCAGGUUUAUCAAUAAAAAAGAAGGUGACGUAUCAUUAUUCAAAAGCGACACAUUUACCUUAUGCAGAGGUCCCAAUUUACAUUAACGACGUGGUUUACAUGUAUCCACUACUCAUUACAUCUUCGGACGUGAAUAUUGAAGCUACUCCACAUGAUGUAGAUUUCGGCGAUCUAAAUGUCAGAUGUGUAUCAAACGCCCAGAUCAUUACAUUACGCAAUCUCUGCGGAAGAACUGUUAGAUUUAUUGCAGACGUUUACUCAUGUCACAACACGCUGGACAUAGAACCUUCAAGAGGAGUACUGAAGCCUAAAGGAGAAAUGCCACUUUCAUUGCAAAUUAUGGUAGAUCAGUUGGGUCCUUAUAGUACCCAGUUUUGGAUAAAAUGUGCUAAUUCAAUAUCUGUAAAAGUUUCGGCAAAUAUUAUUCAACCGCGUUUCGAGAUACUUCAUCCCAUUCCUGCUAACGAGCGAACAAUGUUCUUAAAUUUUGGAAAAACGUAUUUCGGAGCAACAGUUUGCAAAACGGUGAUUAUACGAAAUUAUAAUGCUUCUAAAACAAUAUUCUGUACAGCAGUGAAACAGUCGGGAGAACAAAUGGUGCUUCGUGAAGCUAUUAACACAAUCCCUGAUAUGAACGCCUUUCGCUGCUUUCCCACAGGAGGACAAUUUUAUCCAAUGGAGACUAAAACAAUAACUGUAUCAUUUACCCCAACAAAACCAAUUAACACAGGCAAUCGAUAUGUUGUUAAGGAAUACUUUCAAUGGUUUAAGUUCGUCGAAUUGUAUUUCCAAGAAGCGCGUGUAUUCGAGAUUAUCGACAGUGAUUUGGAAGCUAAAAAAGAAUCCUCCGAGCUGAGAUAUGCCAGCCCAGGUUACAUGUCGUCAUCAACAUUACUAGAUGCAGGGCGUAUGUUAAGAGAAGGUUCUGAUGACUCCGAAUCACAAACUGAAACAAGACUGGUUUUCGGAAGGGAUGAUAAUUACGUAGUGACACUCCUAUAUGCAGUAGCGUUCGUUCCCGAUGUUAGUUUAGUUCCAUCAGAACUGUUAGUAAAAGACAUGUACUUAAUGGAUGUUGUAACAAGGGUAAUAAGUAUGAAAAAUAACAAUCAGCACAUUUCGAUCUACUUCGAGUAUAAACCAACUGCCUAUGUUCAAGUAAAACCUUCCGAUGGUUGCAUCAAACCUCUAAGUCAGUUGGAUCUUCUGGUCAAUAUUACAGCCUCUGCACCGGGAAAAAAGAAAACUAAAAUAAUAUUUGACCUUUUGUACCCAAACCUGCCAAGUAUCGAAACAAAAGGAAUGCAAAUCGUCGGACAAAUCGAGGCGAACAUUCAGCUAGAAUCGACCACGAUAUCGAAAAAGCCCGUACCCAAAAUUAAUCACGGUAUCACACCCGUUAUUACCCAUGAAGUGGGCUUUCUUCCCGAAGAAGUUUCAUUCGAUACCAAUAUACCUAUACCGAAACCGAUCGUUGUUGAUAGAAUAAAAAGUGUUGACAAAUUAAGUGACAUAAUAGCAUUCCCAAACGACAUGCCCAAGUCACUGAGACCGAGACGGAAUAUCACAAAAAGGUGUACCACAAUUUUCGCCAAGAUUCCUCGAGCAAUAGCCACCUGGGACGAAUACGAUGUACCCGAUGCACAAAAGUAUACAUUAGAACUUAGCAGGGCCUAUUUUGACAUUUACUUUGAGCGCAAGAGGGAAAUAAGAGAUGCGAAACUUAGAGAAGCUGCAAUACAAAGAAAAAUGAAAUAUGAACUAGAAAAUUACACUAUCACUGAUAAGAAUCAUCUUCUACUCUUGAAUAUGCCGGAAGAAAAUUGUCCGACGUUUAGAGAAUUAAAGGAGAAACCUAUCUGCAUGAGUAGUUUGCCAAUGAGCCCUGAGGCACUUUUUAAUUUUAAAGUGUACCCUUCUAGUAUUAUAUUAAAAAGGGUGCUGAUUGAUAGCUCAGUAGCAGAAAAAGUUACACUUCAAAAUCUCAAUGAUUUCAACGUGGCCAUCACUAUUAGUUUCUCAAAACCUUUAAUAGAAAUAUCUGACGGAAAUAAUGCAAUUCUGAAAGCACAUUCGUCGAAAGAAAUCGAGCUACUGUUCACUGCCCCUUCAAAACCCGGAUUGGUAUUUGUGCAGAUAGAAAUUAUUGCAAACGGAAGCCAUUUCACCGAGAUCGCCUUCAACGCCCACAUUGUCGACACAAUGGUAGAACUAAAUCCAACUGAUAUCAUCUUCGAGAAUGUCGAAGACUACAAGGUGGUCACUGUCACAAACAUCGUAUUUGGCAACAUAGUCUUUAAAUGGAAACUGAAUUCCGAUUGUUUUCGAAUAGUACCAAUGGCCGGUGUCAUCCCACCGCAUCGCAAUUUAAAGUGUGCAAUUUACAAGAAAAAAUGCGAAAACGUCUGCAUCGACACCGAAGCGGAACUAAAUUUUUUUUACUCCGGGAUAUACAGGACUAUUUCCUUGUUAGUGAGAUACACCCCAUUCAACGUAUUUUUGCUGAGCAACCGCCUGAGCGUUCCGAACGUUCCGUUGAACACAAAAUUGAAACGGUCAGUAAUUUUAAGGAACGCGGACAUGUGCUGUGUGACAUUUUCAAUUAGCGGUCAUCAGCAUAUACCUGGUUUGACGGUCACCCCAGAAAACGGAAUGUUGGAAAGGAAGUGCGAUCAAUUGAUCGAUAUAAUUUUCCAUUUCACCACUACGCUCCGACUCGACUGUACCUUGGUCAUAUCCGUUGGAAAAAUGUUGGAAUUAAACUUGAAAAUAGAUGCAACUGUGGUGUAUCCGUUCUAUUACAUACAACCAGACGCUCUACAUCUCAAAAAGGUCACAUGUUUCUCCACCCACAGCAUGUCCUUCAAUAUCGUAAACAAGUGUAGUUGUAGAAGCAAGUUUCGCAUACCUCUCCAUGAAGUCCCUGAAUACGCGAUUAAAGAAAAGAAUGACUACAGCAGCAAAACCCUUUUUAAUGACGGAUUUUUUCUUAAUCCGGGAGAAACAAAAAGGCUUUGCUUAUUUUUCACUCCCAGAACCACUAACACACUCAAGUUUUAUUUGCCGGUUGUUGUGAACGACAUCGUGGGACCACCAGUGGUCAAUGUUUCAGAGAAUUUCAUGUAUUUUGUUGAAAAUAAUCGAACUUUGUACGAAAACAUAUAUGAAGUCGAUUUAGACCCAAAUGACUACAAGUUGCAAACAAUGACGAUUUCAAGUACCGUUACCAAUAUCGAUUUGAACUUUUCGAAAAUUAAAUUUGCUUUCGAAAUUAAUCAGUAUAAACAUGAGCUGCCUGAAAAGCAAAGCCUUAUUAUCACUAAUGUGGGUGAUGAGGAAAAUGAAUUCUGCAUAAGAAUUGAUGAUAUUAAAGAAAGCAUUUCCAUUUUGCACUCAGUAGAUGACGGAAUGUUUGAAGAUUUUGAUAAUUCUGUUUCCGCCAAGUUGAACGUGGGUGAGGAGGCCAUAUUAGAUAUUGUUUGCCAUACUGUACCUGAAAUUGGUAAAACCUUACACGCUCCGGUUUUUGUAAGGCACUACUCAAAUGGACCCCUGUUUACCUAUCUCUCCUUUGAAAUAAUUUACAAACCAGCCACAAUUAGCUUCCAGGAAGAGAUCGUGUUCUUUCCACCAGUUCCCCCAUGUUGUGGAGUCGGAAAAACCAUAACUGUCGAACUUGCUGAUCAUUCAGUUGAUUGUCAUUUCACAGCUGAAACUGAGCUGAACGAUUUAAUUAUAACAGUUGGAGGUAGAAAAAGAACUUAUCAGAAUAGAGAAACCGUGCCCCUGAAACUGUUCGUGUACUUCAGAGGAAAUGGUAUAGUUGACACCGAUGUAAACCUUGCAUGUUCUUGCGGUUCUUCGCAAAAAAUUGGCGUGAAAGGCUGUGCGGAAAAUUGCCUCUUUACAAUACAUGGCUUCUUGAAAGUAUUUGACGAACAUAAUUACCAAAAUAUUGUAAGCAACGAGGAUUGCGAAGACAUGGAAAAUGCAUUUCCGUAUUGCGUGUAUUCGGGAAAACGUCUCAAUAUUUCGAAUUACACGUGUCCGUUUUUUCCGAAUUCUGAAUGUUCAUCUAAUAGAUAUUACAUUCAUAUGAAGAGGACGUUGGAAACGAUGGAAUAUGUUGUGUUCAGUCAAGUCUUUAAUAACGAUAAAUUUCUAAAGAUACCCGAAGGAUUUUCGACAAUGCCAGCUGAGCGUAAAGGCAAAGAUAAAAAUGAAAAAGACAAAAAGAAUGAACGAAAAACAUAUUUGUACUAUGAACAGUUUCUUAUAAAGUUACUAGGAGACAAGAUUACUUCUAUCAUUUGGUGUGGCAGAAAGUUUACAUUACCUGCGGACGACAUCCAACGAGUAAUAAAAGUUUGCGAAAGUUACUCAAAAGCGCUUGCUUUCUUUAAAUCAAAGGGUGCCACACUUCCCUACGUACAUCCGGAAUAUUUAUUAUCUUAUGACGAUUAUUUGAUAUUGGUCAAUCAGAUUGCACCGCAAAGGAAAGAUAUCCGUUUAGAACUUACAAAACCAUACAAAGAAAAAGACUUUUAUUUACGAAGUCAGCAGUGCUGGUUGGACCUAAUUCUUCAAACAUAUAAAGUUGUAAUACUCUUCCAAAUUCAGUCCAUGCCUUUCAUCCCAAAUACUACAGAAAACAAUUAUUCAGACUCUGGCGUGGAAACUCUGCUUUCUGAAAGAUCGGAAGAAGUGAGCGUUGCUCCAUACUACGAAACAGAUCCCUUGUCGACUGGCAGUACUUCAGAUCCUUUUGAAAUCCUACAAUCACCCGCAGAAAGUCUUCAUUGUACGAGCAGCCACUUUGCUACCAAAUCCGAAUUGGCAAUUCUCAGCUGGCUGGAAAGUUCGUAUAAUGUCCAAAUAAAAACGUGGAAUGAAAAUCUGGAGAACGUACUCGAAGAACGUCAACUGACGAAUUUCAACGAGGAUUUGGAAGACGGUCUUGUUUUACUGGCUGCAAUCUCCCUCUACUGCCCCUUUUUCAACGACAAUAUGAACGACAUCUACUUUUGUCCCGAUUCCUUAGAGAACAUGCACCAUAACGCAAUAGUAGUGAUGGAAUGGCUCAAGCAGCUACACGCCGUUAUUACUGUGAGUCCCGAAUAUAUAACGGAUACAGAAACGGGAAUCUACACGUUAAUCCUGUGCGUGUAUUUGUUCCAAUUUCUGCCAUCCAUUUACCCACUGAAGACAAUAAGUUUAGAAGCUAACAUCAACAAAUCAGCUAGCAGUACCAUUGCUGUGUUCAACAACGACAAGCAGAAGAUCAUGUACAAUGUUACUCUGUUUAAAAACGAUUACAACUGCGUCUCGGUCAGUAGCACGGAGUUUGUGGUUCAGCCGAAGAAAUCGGUUAAAGUUAAGUUAACAUUUAGAGCAAACUUUAUCAAAACUGUGAGGGUAUUUGUUCUACUGAAUGGCGAAAACAGGGGUUACCGUUUUGCCAAGUGCAUGUCCUACUGGUUAGAAGGCAUCGUCAAGUUUGAUCGUUGUACAACAACUGUAAAACUUCCCGUUCCGGUCUACAAUUCCGUCGAUGUCUCUUUACCCGUUCGGUCACCGUACGCUGUUGAAACGAAUUACCGAAUCUUUUACACCACAGGUAAAGUGGAAAAUUCGAACAGUGUAGAGCUGUUGUCGUGGAAAACUAGAAACGAAUUACCUACGCUACCCAGUAGAAUUAAUUCGCAAAUGAGUGAAUUAAUUUGCGAUCAGAAAGGCGUCGGAAUUCUGCAAUUCCGGGCGUACUGCUUCAGCGAAAUCGGACGGAUGUAUCUCAUAUUUUUUACGAAUGUUCAAGUUGGAGACUUCUGCAUAGAACUGAAGAUCGUGCCGAACACCGAAGAGUUAUCCCAUACUGUUAUCCCAAUCGAAAUGGACGAGGUGAUGUUCUCGAAAACGGUUGCCGCAAAGUGCACCUGUGGAACGCGCGGAUCAGAUACUAAUAAUGUAGUAACGAAAGCGAAAACAUGUCCUAAAAUAAUAAAUAUACAGAUUCCUUGCCUCAACGAUGACUUAUGGACAGGAGUUGGUAAGCUGUUUAGUUGUGCAGUAGAAGGCCUCGAACAAUGGAGCAAAGAUUACGGUAAGAUGUUUACAUUACCUGCGGACGACAUCCAACGAGUAAUAAAAGUUUGCGAAAGUUACUCAAAAGCGCUUGCUUUCUUUAAAUCAAAGGGUGCCACACUUCCCUACGUACAUCCGGAAUAUUUAUUAUCUUAUGACGAUUAUUUGAUAUUGAUCAAUCAGAUUGCACCGCAAAGGAAAGAUAUCCGUUUAGAACUUACAAAACCAUACAAAGAAAAAGACUUUUAUUUACGAAGUCAGCAGUGCUGGUUGGACCUAAUUCUUCAAACAUAUAAAGUUGUAAUACUCUUCCAAAUUCAGUCCAUGCCUUUCAUCCCAAAUACUACAGAAAACAAUUAUUCAGACUCUGGCGUGGAAACUCUGCUUUCUGAAAGAUCGGAAGAAGUGAGCGUUGCUCCAUACUACGAAACAGAUCCCUUGUCGACUGGCAGUACUUCAGAUCCUUUUGAAAUCCUACAAUCACCCGCAGAAAGUCUUCAUUGUACGAGCAGCCACUUUGCUACCAAAUCCGAAUUGGCAAUUCUCAGCUGGCUGGAAAGUUCGUAUAAUGUCCAAAUAAAAACGUGGAAUGAAAAUCUGGAGAACGUACUCGAAGAACGUCAACUGACGAAUUUCAACGAGGAUUUGGAAGACGGUCUUGUUUUACUGGCUGCAAUCUCCCUCUACUGCCCCUUUUUCAACGACAAUAUGAACGACAUCUACUUUUGUCCCGAUUCCUUAGAGAACAUGCACCAUAACGCAAUAGUAGUGAUGGAAUGGCUCAAGCAGCUACACGCCGUUAUUACUGUGAGUCCCGAAUAUAUAACGGAUACAGAAACGGGAAUCUACACGUUAAUCCUGUGCGUGUAUUUGUUCCAAUUUCUGCCAUCCAUUUACCCACUGAAGACAAUAAGUUUAGAAGCUAACAUCAACAAAUCAGCUAGCAGUACCAUUGCUGUGUUCAACAACGACAAGCAGAAGAUCAUGUACAAUGUUACUCUGUUUAAAAACGAUUACAACUGCGUCUCGGUCAGUAGCACGGAGUUUGUGGUUCAGCCGAAGAAAUCGGUUAAAGUUAAGUUAACAUUUAGAGCAAACUUUAUCAAAACUGUGAGGGUAUUUGUUCUACUGAAUGGCGAAAACAGGGGUUACCGUUUUGCCAAGUGCAUGUCCUACUGGUUAGAAGGCAUCGUCAAGUUUGAUCGUUGUACAACAACUGUAAAACUUCCCGUUCCGGUCUACAAUUCCGUCGAUGUCUCUUUACCCGUUCGGUCACCGUACGCUGUUGAAACGAAUUACCGAAUCUUUUACACCACAGGUAAAGUGGAAAAUUCGAACAGUGUAGAGCUGUUGUCGUGGAAAACUAGAAACGAAUUACCUACGCUACCCAGUAGAAUUAAUUCGCAAAUGAGUGAAUUAAUUUGCGAUCAGAAAGGCGUCGGAAUUCUGCAAUUCCGGGCGUACUGCUUCAGCGAAAUCGGACGGAUGUAUCUCAUAUUUUUUACGAAUGUUCAAGUUGGAGACUUCUGCAUAGAACUGAAGAUCGUGCCGAACACCGAAGAGUUAUCCCAUACUGUUAUCCCAAUCGAAAUGGACGAGGUGAUGUUCUCGAAAACGGUUGCCGCAAAGUGCACCUGUGGAACGCGCGGAUCAGAUACUAAUAAUGUAGUAACGAAAGCGAAAACAUGUCCUAAAAUAAUAAAUAUACAGAUUCCUUGCCUCAACGAUGACUUAUGGACAGGAGUUGGUAAGCUGUUUAGUUGUGCAGUAGAAGGCCUCGAACAAUGGAGCAAAGAUUACGCUGCUACGUCAUACUUGGGAUCAAAGUUGGUUUACUUUGCUGUUGACAACGUAAACGAAGAAUGCAGAGAUGACAUCGCCCAGCUUUACAGACAAGGGGUGGAAUACAAACUAACUUACAAUACAUCCACCGUCUCUUUACCAAACACAAUUUUCAUCGAUGGAGUUCGUAAAAUACGAGAAAGCGUAGACGUUUCAAUGCAUAUAAACGCGAAUAAGUUGAGCAACUUGAAAAACUUCACGAUUACCCUAAUUUCUGAUGACCUAUUGGAAAAACGGUACUACGACGUGACGUGGACAUUUCCGUCUAAUUUCAGAGGCAGUUUGAUGGAGACGCAGUCGGACUUGUUGGCGCUCAGUUCUACCAGUUUUGAUCAGCAGUAAUAACAUUUUUAUUUAAAAUA